AUGAGCCCUCAAUCUUCGCCGAGUUCGUCUCAAGACCACGUCUGUCUGGUCUGCCAGGACUUCGCCUCCGGAUACCACUACGGCGUUCCCUCGUGUGUCGGAUGCAAAACCUUUUUCCGUCGGACAAUCAUGAAGAAACAAAAGUACAUUUGUCAAUUCGAAGGAAACUGCCCCGUCGACAAAAGUGAGACAUUCAACUAGUCAACUCUCGUGACCUUAUCAGUAUCUUCUUCAGCAAUUCGAUGCGCAUGUCGUUAUUGUCGUUUCGAAAAGUGCAUCAGUGUUGGAAUGGAUAGGAACGCACUUCAGCAAAACAGAGACCCGAUUGGAUACACAAAAAGGACGCGGAGGCCGAAGAAAGAGUUGAAGACGACCUCCGAGGGGUCUAGCGAUGAAAGCGCCACUCCUCUUUCCGUGUCGCCAGUUCAACUAUCGGUAAUCAGAAAAGGAGAGAAGAGAGAUUAUCAUAAUAUUUAAUUUACUUCAGCCACCUCCCACUUCCCCGCCGGUUCCCGUAUCAAGCCGUUUCCGGCGCAACAUUCUGCAAACGCUUGCCGAGCGUGAGAAGUGCGCCAACGACCUUCGUCUCUCCGAUUUUCUCCCAAUCCGAUCUCUUCAUGAGGCGCUCUGCUCAAAGUCAUUUCUCAACGACACUAUUUUCAUGUCUAGAUGGGGAGUGCCGAGUGAUAAACACCAAAUUACCGAUCUUCGGUUCGUUACGCAGCAAGACUAUCAUUAUUGGCACGAGAGGGACUGGUUUCUGCUGACCGAGUACGCUAAGACAUUCGAUGUUUUCGAGGCGUUGGAUUAUCAAGACAAGGUAUCGAUGAGAAGGAAAGAAAUCGAAAGUCUAUCAUUCUGAUUCAGGCGGAGCUCGUGAGGCACGCCGCAAUCACUGUUCCCGUGCUCGUUCAAGUGUGGAACUCUCCCGACUACGGACCGGAUACGAUCGUUUUCCCCGACGGAUGCUAUUUCGACAGAACCCACGAGCCGACCCGGUAAGUUGAAGAUCGCUUAGUCAUCGGGGACGGGUGAUUUGUGCCGUUUCGUGCCGCGUUGUGUUCAAUCGUUGUAGGCCAGCCGGUCUCAACAGGAAAAAGUACCAAGUGCUCGAUUUGGUGCUGAAGCCGUUCCGUGAUCUUCAACUCGACGCCACCGAGUUCGCCGCCUUCAAAGCCGUCACAUUUCUGAAUCCAGGUCCGGGCGGAACUGCAUAAGAGCCAAACUUUCACUUUGAUGCGAUUCCAGACGCCGACAUCUCACUUCCAGCGCAAAAGUUGGUGAAUAACGAGCGAGUUCGUAUCACCACACAAUUGUACGCCCACAUGGCGACGAAAGACGACGUCGACACGGCCAUCGAAAGGUACGAGGUGGUGAGAGACGAAAAGACUGAUGAUAAUAACGCAGAAAUGAUAGAGAUCAAGUACUGAUGACGUCUUUUUUUUUGCAUUACAGAUUCGCACGAUUGGUUCUGAUGGGAACGUCCAUGUCAAAAAUGGCGUGCGAAUCGAAAGAGGCCGUGUGGAUUGCAGAUUUCUUCGAGAACAUUGGUCUCUCGCCGUUCGCCCGACAGCUCUUCUUUGGCGAUGUGGCCGAACAGAUGAUGCACAAGUUGUGA